AUGACUGACCGUGGAAGGAAGGUCAUCAACGACGCCAUGGACAUCUCCGGUGGCUCCGGGAUCUGUAAGGGAAAGAACAACUUCUUAGCCAUUCCGUACCAGGGCAUGCCUAUAGCUAUUACUGUGGAGGGCAGCAAUGUGCUCACACGCUCACUCAUUAUCUUCGGACAG